CGUCCGUGAGCCCACGCCCUCGACCCAUGGGUAUGGACAGGAUACAAAGUAGUCCCGGACUUUCAUUCGUACAGCAUGAGCGAGCAUCAAUACGGGGAAUGUGAAGAUAAUAUCCUCCUCUCACUACUACUCGACUUGAGCUUGCGCUUGUUGUGGAGAUACAUCAUAUCCGCCGGAAAGUUGAAGACACGUGGUGGGUCAGUUUGGGAAUCCUGGAGUUUGGCGCCGAGCUGCCAGUGAAAGAAGAAGCCCAUAUGCUGUACUACAGUUGUAUACCCACUGUAUGUCCCCGCGUGGGGUGAAUUCAAGGUUGAUGGAGGCCAUACGAGUCAGUCCACGGUGUCCGCGGGGCCCGGCCGUCGCUAUCACUUGCUUUCUCUACUUGAAGGAGAAGGAUUUUCAGCAGAACCUGGGGACGCCGGGUCGGAAAGUUGCAAACGACUCCUUGACCUUGAUUGCUUACAUGUGCGAGUACCAUGGAGAAUGCUAAGAGUAUUCUUGGGCCGUUAUGGAAAUGUGAGCUCUUUGAUACCAGCACAGUCCUGUACAAACAGACAUGGGAGACGACAUACAGGACUACCAACGUCUAACUUGGCCUGCUUCCCUGCACGUCUCCAUUGGGCAUCCCGGUUCGCCAUCCAUGCGAAUGGUGCUGUAGACUAUCGAGGGACAUCGAAGGUCCUAUGUUCAUUUUACCUUCUUCGGGACCCACUAAUAUUAAAUCUGACCUUUUUUUUGUCUUGGCCACACCACUGUUAUACAGUCAAAGAUGCCAUGCACUGCAGCUCUACAAGGUACUCUCUACACAGGAUUCCGACAACUUGAACACUGUACAACUCAUUCAGCGGACCGGAUCCUGUGGACAGUCAUAUGUGCCGGGAACUUCAUCUGUUCAAUAAUGUCUGCCUUUUUGACCGCAUAACUUCACCUCUCUCGAGAUCUACCAGCCACAUAAUCAACAGCUCUACAGAGCUGUGCUGUCAUAGUCUAUCUGUUUUCCUAGUCUAAAAAUAAGUCUAAAAAUAAGCCACCACGCCACGGCCAUGCAUAAUAAUAAGUGACAGAGACUAAAAAUGCAAAAACAAACCCCAAAAUGUGACGACGGCAGGGGUCGAACCUGCAAUCUC